UAGAGCUCAAGGAAGAAGGAAAUAACUAAUGAGAACACAGCUGGCUGUUUUUGAAUGACCUACAGAUCUCAAUGGACUGGGCCCUUCUUAUAGUUUUACAAGUGUUAUUUCAGCCCUCUCUCUCAGUCUUAUUCACUGUUGAGGCAGAGCAAAGCAUGUAUACGUCAGAGUUUGGAGAAAGUGUCGUGAUGGGCUGCAAGUUCAACCCUAAACCCUCCUAUCCUCAUCCUGACCUGAACGUGACCUGGCACUGGAUCAACUCUGACUCCGUUCAGGACGUGAUCCGGCUGGAUAAUGGCGUGCCGCGCUCGGAAUCUCCAAAGUAUCGGGGACGAGUGCAGCUUCUGACCGAGGAGCUGGCGGAAGGCUGGGCUAAGCUGAAGAUGUCCAGUCUUAGAAUCAGUGACGCCGGGAAGUACCAGUGUGUGGUUCAUUCAGCGGAUGGAGCCGACUAUAAAACUAUAGCCUUGUCUGUUGAAGCAUCUUAUAAAUCAGUGACCAAACACAUUGAGAGGGCAGCAACAGGUGAUGAGGUCCUGAUAACCUGCCAGUCUGAGGGAUACCCUAAGUCAACGGUUGAAUGGCAGAAUGGAAACCUGAAGACACUCAAUCCCAACACCACUGCUGAAUCAACACCAGACCAGAUUUUUAGAAUCACCAGCCAGAUAAAAGUCAGCUCAUCAGAAAAAAACAACUACACCUGUAAAUUUACAAAAGACGGCAUCUCUGCAACAAUUUAUAUUCCAGAUGAAAUACCACUUAGUCCUGCAAAAAGUGAUGCUGUCAUCAUUAUACUGUGCAUAGCAGUGAUAGUGGCAUUCGUCUCUGUCGGAGUGGUCACCUAUCGACGACGAAAAGGGUCCCACAAUCACAGCACUCACAGCACCAGGAACCUCCUGGAAAGACCUGCUCCUACCGCUGCUUCCCGUCUGAGAAGUUAUGACGACAACUAUGAGAACGAGAUAGCUCCUUGUAAUGAAGGCGACGUUGAGGAAAAUCUGGGGUUGAAUGUGAAAACGCAUUACUCAGAAAGCUUUCUCAGUGCAGAGCGAAGGAAUCAAUGCACCACUUUCAGUGCGGAGGAGCUGCCUCGCAGACUGCAAAACAAUGAAGGCCACCCUGUGAAUCUUCCUGCUUUACUCCCGGGUGCUGGUGAGACAUUUUUCCUUGAGGGACUUCCCGGAAGCGGGAAAACAACUGUAGCCCACAUCCUGAUCUCAUCCUGGACUGAAUGGCCCACAGAUUCCCUUUCCAACUUCCUCGACCUCAGCGCACUUCAUCUUCUCUUAUAUGUUGACUGCAGCUCCGUGAAAGACGACUUGUUUCAGGAGAUAACAACUCAGCUUUCACUCACCAAAAAUAUAUCAACAGAAAAGUUGAGAACUCUUUUAAUCACAUCUGGCAAGGCUCUGCUUUUGUUGGACAGCUACAAAGAAGGAAACCAAUAUUUCGAUGACUCAUUAAGGAAGUUUCUAAGUGAACGAACAGGUUGCAGGGUGCUGGUCACGGCCAGCCCAGGACACUGCCCCGUGCUCAGGCAAACGAUUGGGAAUGAAGGAGUUCGAAAGCUUCAAAUACAACCUGCAAAGUACUGAGUUUAAAAAUAAUAUUGUGACCAAAAAAACCCACUGUAUAUGAGUUAGAUUUUUAACAAAUGAGGCAAGAGUUUUGUGUUUCUGUGUGUGUGUGUGUGUGUGUGUGAGAGAGAGAGAGAGAGAGAGGCAUUUAGAUUUUUAUAAGCCCAGAUAUGCUGCAGAAUGUAUGUACUGCAUGAUGAUGUGUAUUCAAAGUGAUGCUUGGGAAGUUAUAGACGUGCAACAAAUUAUAAUUUUGUAUUCUUUGUUGUCUUGUUUGUCACUUUCAUUACUGUGCAAUAUGUUUUUUUCAAAAUUCUUUUAGAGAAAGUACAUCAUUGUUACUGGAAAAGCUGCAUAGUGAAAGCAGUGAUAAGAAACUGGUGUUUGCAGAAUCUAUGAACGCGGCAAUUAAAAUCUCCUUUUUCAAUACAUG